UAUAAGACCACUAUGAAAUUGAAAACAUUUUGAGUUCAAAGAAAUCAAACAAUAAAGCCACCGGGCUAUUUAUUUUUUCAAUAUUGAUCAUGCCAUAUUAUUGUUUAUGCGCAGUGUCCUCAAAAUACAAUAGUCAGUUCUGUUGUAGCAAACUCUAACUGUGUUUCACGAGUCAACGGGUUUGAUAAUAUUCAUUCGCUACACAAAACAUUCUUAAGGGCUUAUGAUUUUGUUCGCGCUCAUUGAGCCUACCAGCUAAUUCAUCCAGCAGCUGGUUAAAAAUAAAAAAAAAAAACAGUUGACUUUGAAAGUAACAAAGUAGCAGGAAACUUUCAAUUUAUUUUGAAGAGUCAGCAAUUUUUCUACAACAAUAAAAAUAAUAGCAAACUAUCUGUCUGAAAAAUUUUCUGACCAUUAUCUUAUAGCGUUAUUUUUUGUCAAAUCCCUGAAAAUUGAAACUCGUCAAUUUUCUUUUUCCAGAUUGAUCAAGUGAAAUAUUGAUUAACAAUGGAGGCUUGAUUAAAAUUUACCUUGUAUGAACAAUUUUUCAUUAUAGACUCCUUCCUUUUUAUUCUUCGAGCUGGUGGCAAAUUUUCUUGGAGGGCUUAAUCAAAUUUACAGACCAAAUUUAUCUUUCUUCAUUCUCGCAUCCUCAAUUUGCAGACCAAAUUUAUCCUUUUCCAUUUUCCUAAAAACACAAUCAGAUAUUGUCUUCCUUGUCGUUAUUGUAGCAAUCAAAAACUGUCGUGCAAUUGUUCAUUUUGAUUUAGAAUUUUUUUAUUUUACUUAUUGGUUUUUGAACGUUUUUUGUACGUAUUGAUAACAACCGCAAAAAAAAAAUAAAAACUAAAUUGAAUAUACUUUUUUGCGACGUUUUGGGCAUAGUAAUUUGUCGUAAAUGUCGAAUUUGUGCCGUUAUUAUUAUUAUUAGUUGGUCUCGGGUACAAAUUGGUCGCGACUUGGGGUCGGCAAACAUGGCAGUGACGAAACUUGUGGCCGUUAUUCGGGCCAUUUUGAGGCCUUCAAUAAGUCCCAAGGAAAAAGAUAACUCGCUGCUGACGCCCAGGUUCGACAACAUCGAAUUAGAACACGAUUACAACAGGAGCACAGAUAAGAUCAGAAACUUCCGACGACAAAUGUUUAACCUAGCUACAAUUAUUCUUCUACUCGGUGUCUUCUUGACUAACUUCUUUCGUUUUUUCAGUAGUUCUAAUCACAACUCGUCAGUAAUUGAUACAACCAAACUUAUUACUGACUUUAUAUUGAUUACUUUAUUUUCAGCCUUGUUAGUUUUAGAGCUAAUGAAUGAAAGAUAUGAAAUUAUUGAUUACAAGAUUUUAGCAAAAGAGACAAAAAACUCUAUCCACAUGGCAAUCAUUUACAUCAUUCUUUUACUUUUCUCUUGCAGUCAAAUUGCUGCCCUUCAUGCAAACGAUUCGAGGUGUUCAAGCAUCAGCUUCUCAAUGGACGCAUUCACGUUCUCAACAAUUGUCUUCACCUCGUGUUUUCUCCAUUACGUUUCAAAUUUCCGCUUCUGGCUCGCAUCUUCGCUCUCUAUCUUCCACAGUUUAAUCACCCUCGUCGCAAACCAAAUUAGCGUCCGGAUAAAUUUUGAUGAUAAUGGACUAGGACAUGAACUCUUAGGAAGUGCACAGGAGGCAAUGCUGAGUUUUGCAACAGAUUUCUGGAUGUGCCUCAUGUUCAACCUUAUUUUGAUGCAUCUAUCUCACGUGACAUGUAGCAGACAGCGCAUUCUGUUUCUAACCGAAGCUCACAAGUUGAUCACACUUCAAGUUCUCAGACAGGAGAAGGAGAACUUGGAGAACAUGCUGAUGUCUGUGAUGCCUCGCAAUCUGGCACUGCAGAGUCUGGCUGACAUGAAUAAUAGUGAGACAGUGCCCAGAGAUUCCGCAAGAGGGACAAGGGGCAAUAAAUCUCCAUCACAUGCUCAACAACAGGAACUGCAGAGGUCGACAUGGAAUAGGUUCCGGAAGCUGAAGGUGGAGCUGAAGGAGAAUGUGAGCAUCCUGUUUGCAGACAUAGUGGGCUUCACAGACAUGAGUAGUGGGAAGAGUGCGGCAGAAUUAGUGGAUCUACUGAAUGACCUCUACGGCAGGUUCGAUGAGUUAUGCGAGCAGUGUCGUUGUGAAAAGAUAGCCACUCUGGGAGACUGCUACUACUGCGUCUCCGGAUGCGUCACCCCACAAACUGACCACGCCAAGUGUUGCAUUGAGUUGGGUCUGGGAAUGAUUGACGUGAUCCGACAAUUUGACCUUGACAGAAAUGAGAAGGUGGAGAUGCGGGUUGGCGUGCACUCUGGAAGAGUCAUAUGUGGAAUUGUGGGAGAGAGACGAUACAAGUUCGACAUAGUGUCUCUGGACGUGUUCAAGGCCAACGAGAUGGAGAGUAGUGGCAGGGCUAGCAGAGUGCACAUCAGUCAGACCACUUUCGCCUCCCUCUCCGAGGAGGACAAGGAGUGCUUCCUCUUCCAGGAGAACUUCGACACAGACCCCGCCCAGAAGGCCACCUCCAUGCUUGGAAAAAUGAAGACUUACUUUGUGCAGAGAAAAGUGGAGGAGCAUCAAGUGGAAAACAACCAAGAAGUAUUUCAAAACCCGUCAGAGGCCUCAAAAAAGUCACAAAAUGGCGCCGAAAUAUCGAGACAGGAAUCGAGCACACUUGCAGUUCCUCCUGAUUCGUCCCAAAACGAAGAGCAACAACUUCUAGCCGCCCUAGACCAGAAUGAAAUUUGUGUCAACUCUUUCAUUUGGACUCCAUGUACUUUUUUCGGCACUUUCAAGGAGGCGGACUUGGAGCGAAAGUUUCGGAGAACGUUCUUCGAGGAAAAACUGCUCCGAGAAACCAUCCCAUUUACAAACAGCAAUGCCGAUUUCAGGUCAUCGUGCAACGGUGAAAACUUUCUCGAGGAAGAGGAAAAAGUUAGGGAAAAUGGGUAUCCCAAAAUUUACUGCUCAAGUGUCAUUUACGAAUCAUUAUUAAUCACGCCCUUUCUGAUCACACAUUUCGUUAUAUUCGUUUAUCUGAAGAGUCACGACGACAUUUUUUAUCCAAUUAAGAGCAAUGUCUUUCAAAUUUACAGUUGCUCCGCAUUAUCAGUGGAAAUUUUUCUGAUUAUUUUUGCAAUUUUGAUUUUAAUUUUCCGAAUUUUACUUAGCUUUCUAUCUUUUUCUGAAAUGCAGUCCGCAACUGUCCAUUGUGAUGCUUUUAGCAGAAAUUGGUUGUGGCAGAAACUGAACAAACUUGUUCAUAGUUAUGUGGGUUAUCACUUUUACACCUCAUUUAUAUUGACCUUUUCUUUGUUUGUUUCAGUUUAUAAUAACUUUUUGUUAAUAUUACCUCCUAACGAUGAGAUAUCGACAGUUAUGUUCCUUCAAAAUUUUUGUUCCUGCUUGUUUUUACUGAACAUCUUUUAUGCGUUGAUCUUCACGAGAGCCAUGGCCUUGACUAAAUUCCUGGUUUGCUUUUGCUUUUUGGUAAACAAUUGUGCUGUUUCUGUUAUUUACGGAACUGAUACCAGUUUCAAUCAAGCUAUCGAAAAUAAUUCUUCGUCAAGUCAUGCUACUAAAAGUUUGAGUGAAAAGGCAUCCCAACCUGCACUAAUCCAAGAUCUGAGCUGUGUUGACUGGUUCGAUUCUUUAUUUCCUCAGUUACUUCUCCUUUCUGUCGUGUUUAUGCUGAGCUGGGAUCAUCAGUCGUUGUUGCGGGCCGACUUCUACUCGCACGUGGCGGAGACUGAGACAGGGCGGGAGUUGGAGACUGCAAGACAGCGAGCAGGGCUGGAGUUGAACAAUGUCCUCCCCAAGUACAUCACAGACUACUUUGAGCAGCACAGAGUGAAGAACUACUCGGAGAUGAGACCCAACGUGGCCAUCUUCUUCUUCUUCGUCGACUUCUUCCACUACUAUUCGGAGGACUACCGGAGUGGGACAGAGUGGGUGCGGUUUCUGAAUGAGUUGAUCUGUGACUUUGACGACAUCCUCAACCACCCCAAGUACUCCUGCGUGGAGAAGAUCAAGACCAUCUCCUCCACUUACAUGGCCGCCAGCAAUCUCAACCCACACUACACUCAAGGCAACUGGCGUCUGCAGGCUGUGCGGCUGAUGGAAUUUGUGAUUGAGAUGAAGAGGAAGUUGUAUGAGUUCUGCAUUAGUGGCUUCCAAUAUGGCAACGAGAGAGAGACCUACAAGUACAAAGUGGGCUUCAACUACGGUGACGUCACUUCAGGCGUGAUUGGAACUAGCAAGCUUCACUUCGACAUCUGGGGUGACAGUGUUAAUGUUGCGAGCAGAAUGUAUUCCACUGCAGAGCCUAAUAGAAUCCAACUAACCGAGAAGGCCAAACUGCUUCUAGAGGAGGAAAAGUGGGGGUGGGGAAGCAACAGCAGGGUUGAUGAGAUAGCAGGAGGCGAGGGGGAAGGGAGAGGGAGUUGUUUCACAUACAGGGGAAAAGUGUGGGUCAAAGGGAAAGGCCACAUGGAUACAUAUUACUUCAAGGAACCAAAAUAACUUCUAAGAAAUUGUUGACUUAUUCGUAUUUUAUAGACUAAAUUGGACCUUGUUUACUAUCCCCCCUAUUGCAAA